AUGUUGUCAUCAUCUGCUUACAAAGCUGCUACCAAUCUAUCAUUGAAAUCAAACUUCAAUCUACUUGUUAGAACAAUGACUACUUUCAGAUCAGAGUAUGAUACUUUUGGUGAGAUCAAGGUCGAUGACUCAAAGUACUGGGGCGCACAGACUCAACGUUCGCUCGAGAACUUUGAUAUCGGUGGUCCUCAGGCUCGUAUGCCAAACCCUGUGAUUAAGGCCUUUGGUAUUCUUAAGAGAUCAGCUGCCGUCGUCAACAAGAAGUAUGGUCUCGAUGCCAACAUCGCUGACCACAUCGUCAAGGCCGCCGACGAGGUCAUCACUGGCAAGCUCGACGAGCAGUUCCCACUCGUCGUCUUCCAGACUGGCUCUGGCACGCAGACCAACAUGAAUGUCAACGAGGUCAUUGCCAACAGAGGUAUCGAGAUCAUGACCAACACCAGAGACUUCUCCACUCAGAAGAAGGCCAUUCAUCCGAAUGAUCAUGUCAACAAGUCUCAGUCAUCCAACGACACCUUCCCAACAUGUAUGCACAUUGCUGCUGCCUUGGAGGUUAACCAGAGAUUGAUCCCAGGAUUGAGAAUGUUGUUGAAGGAGAUGACACAGAAGGCUGAGGAGUUCAAGAACAUCAUCAAGAUUGGCAGAACUCAUUUGCAAGACGCCACUCCAUUGACUUUGGGUCAGGAGUUCUCUGGCUACUGCACUCAGAUUGAGUACGGCAUCCAAAGAAUCGAGACCACCCUGCCAAGACUCUACCAGCUGGCUCAGGGUGGCACUGCCGUCGGCACUGGCCUCAACACCCCAGUUGGUUUUGACGUUGCCAUCGCUGAUGAGGUUGCCCGCUUCACCAGCCUGCCAUUCAAGACCGCCCCAAACAAGUUUGAGGCUCUUGCUGCUCACGACGCCAUGGUCGAGGUCAGUGGUGCACUCAACACCGUCGCCGUCUCCCUAAUGAAGAUCGCCAACGACAUCCGUCUGUUGGGCUCUGGUCCACGCUGUGGUCUGGGUGAGAUCCUCCUUCCAGAGAACGAGCCAGGCUCAUCCAUCAUGCCAGGCAAGGUCAACCCAACUCAGUGUGAGGCCAUGACCAUGGUGUGCGCUCAAGUGAUGGGCAACCACACCACCAUCACCAUCGCCGGUUCAAAUGGACACUUUGAGCUCAACGUGUUCAAGCCAGUGAUCAUCUCCAAUCUCCUCAUGUCCAUCCGUCUCAUUGGUGACGCUGCCGUUUCAUUCACCAAGAACUGCGUCGUUGGCAUCAAGGCUGACGAGAAGCGCAUCAGCCAGCUGAUGAACGAGUCGCUCAUGUUGGUCACUGCCCUCAACCCAUACAUUGGCUACGACAAGGCUGCCAAGGCUGCCAAGAAGGCCCACGCCGAGAAGACCACCCUCAAGGAGGCCUGUCUCACCCUUGGCUACGUCACCAGUGAGCAGUUUGAUCAAUGGGUUCGUCCAGAGGACAUGAUUGGACCAAUCAAGAAGUAA